CCUCGUUGGUUUAGAAGCAGUUGUUAAACUGCCACUUCGGCUGAGACCUUUCGAAAGAAACCCAAAACGUCACAUCUCAUGGAAGUACAUACACAGGAACUCCUGUCUCCCGGGCCUGUAGCACUAACGAAGUGUCAUCACCGUGUAAUAGGUUUUUAAAGAUAAUGCGUUUUUAAAAGACGUUCCGGCCAGCGCGUCAACUCAUAAACGCGUAUAAUCGAGAAAAAAUCUGGUGAGACGAUUACAAUCGAGAAAUCCGAGGUAAACUUUGCGAGAAGCACGACAGAACUGAUUGAUAGCUGGUGAAUCGAGAACAUCUCGGAACGUAAGGGAUAUUGUUCAUCUGUGGUCCACAUACUGUGCACGCUCAUUGGCAGAUAUAGAGCGCUUUCUUUGGAGGAAAUCGUGUUUUGCUGAGGAUCAUAUCCGGAAAACAGUUGCUGGUCACCAGUUUUGGCGUUUAGCCUGACAUGACAGACCACAAGAGAGAGAUGACACCCUUGCACAUUUGGCUACACGUCCAGUCGGCCUUCCUCGGCGUCAUAUUCAUCUUAACUCUACUUCUGAACAGCCUUCUUAUUUUCGUCCUGCACAAAAUGAAAUCGAGGCGCUCGAAUCGAGACUGUGCUAGUUACAACAUUGAACGUUCCUAUAUGUACCUGGUCUACCACCUUGCAAUCUCAGACAUGCUCGGCGUUAUCCUAAACAUCCCCUUCGACAUAUUUCAAAAUGCUGGCGUAGCGUAUUUCUUCACGACAGCCGGUUGUAAAAUCCUGCCCCCGUUUCAGCUCGCCUCGACGACUGCCCAGGCGGGAACCUACGUUGCCUUGAGCUACCAUCGUUUCAGGGCGAUUGUACACCCUAUACGCGCAACGUUAACGGUGUACAAGUCGUUUAUUAUGAUCGCAAUCAUCUGGGCCACAAGCAUCUGCCUUUCCAUGCCGUACGUGAUCGUUCAUCAUUUCAACGAGACCGACGGUUGCAUUGAAAAAUGGAAACCAGCUGCUGGAACUAUUUACACGUUCACAAUAUUUGUCGUACAGUACGCUGGACCGGUGAUGUUGAUGGCCGCGUUCUACGUCACCAUCGCGAGAACAUUGCACGACCAUCGCGUCGCGAAAGAACUGGUUCACGUCCCGACCCAGGAAGACGUUCGCGCGCACAGGCAUAUCGUCAAGAUGCUCGUCACCAUAGUAACCGUCUAUAGCGUGUGCAUGCUGCCGCAUCAUCUAUACUGGAUUGUGAUAGGAUUCCAGCAAAAUGUCGACGAGACCGUCAAUAAGGCUGUCUCGAGCAUUUCAUAUCUUUUCACGUACUCAAACAGCAUCGCGAAUCCCAUCGUUUUCUUUUUCUACAACAAAGAAAGUCGCUAUCAUCUGAGACGGGUUUUCAAGAAAUUAUUUUGCCCGCGAACUUUAGACGUGCCGUUCGAGAUCAAGAAAUGGUCUGCAACGUGGUCGGUCGGGUCGAAAAGCGAAUCCGAGCGCACGCGCGAGAGAAGAUCUUCAAAAGACCAUUUGAAAGUUGACAAGCUGUUCCCCACAAAGCCCGGGGAUUCGGACCUAGGGGUGUCGUUACCCUGGGAGGCCCAAGUCAUGACAUCUUAUUGUAGCUCGGAAAGUUACAGGGAUUACCCCUCGUCGCCCCCACUGGUCGGCUCUAUACCUGAAUACCCUACUUCCUAUGGUGAUCCAGUUGAGUACACAAAUGAUAAUACGAAUUCCUUUAUGUUCGCUGGCGAACCCCAAGGUACUCAAAUUUUCACGGGGGAAAGCUUGGUGGAUAAUGAUGACACGGGGGGUAAGGACGAUGAUGUUCAUGUAGAAAUCGCCGAGUGCGGUAGAUCUGGUUGUGAUGAGGAGUGUGUUACCAAGGAAAAUGUUGGAGUGACCUCAAAAAAUAACCAGGGGGAGGUAUCUGAAGAAAACGAUGAGGGGAGAUGCGAUGAAGCUCCCGGUUUGGGAGAAGAGGACACGGAAACCAUGCCGGAAGCCUACGAGGAUGACACGGCACGUGUUCAGCACAUGAUCGAGCGCAUGAUCCAGGAUAUAACACAGGAACUAAGUGAAAACGAGAGCAUGAACAUUUCGUAUCUUAGUGAAAGUUUAUCGAAUAGCGACUGGGAGGCAAUUGUGAGCCGGGGCGAAGGUUUGAACGGCAGCAACCUUGCUGGGACAUCUGCGCAGGACCUCCUUAAGAUUAUGACGGGGUAUCAGGAGAGUGAGAAGGAUGUCAAUGGAUUUAGGGAACGUUUGGAACAUAUGCCAGAAACAAGAAUGUAACCAUUGUUGGGAAGGUGGGGUAUCCGCGAAUGGAAAAACAAACAACACCCUUCUCUUCCAUCCCGGAGUCUAUCAUGCCGUCCUUCGCGCGGAAUGGUUCGACGUUCAAAACGAGACAGUCCACCCUGGUUCACCAAGUUUCGCCGUUUUGAGCUUUGCUCUCUCUCUCUCAUUGGGCGUUCCAGAACAUCUCCCUAAGUCCAAGAAACUCCCUAUUCAGUGCAAGGGCUGUUCACAUGAGACCGGUUACAAGAGAUUCAACGAAUCGUGGGAUGAUUUUAAGGUAUUGAAAAAAGUCUUCAUGAAGGCAAAUAUCAUGUAAACAGCCCUCAUUGCCAAGAUAGCAGCGAGCCUCCUAAUAGGCUGGUUUUAGAAAAACCUGCAUAUCGUGAGUGAUAUCGUACGUCCAACGAAGGUUUUCAAUGUAAAUAGAACGAUGUUGUAUGAAAAAACGGAAAUAAGAUAAAUAAACUUUAAUCAACCAUGUAUCGUGAUGAAAAUUUGCAUCUUUCUUCAAACGGACCCGCGUGAUCAUGAAGUGAUCAUGUGAAAUUUUCUGCGAUUUUUAUAUUGAAGAAUAGACUUACGCCUUGAGGCUUAUGGAAUAAAUUAUAUUUCAUUGCUAUCAGGUACCUGUUCAAACAUAUUCAAGUGCUGAAGUGCGCUAACUUGAUUAGGUUAUUAGCAAUAGGAUAUUAGGUUUAUUUGGCGGCUGUAAAAUUACAGAGUAUUGUGUUUCGUAGUAUAGAAUUCUUUUGACAAAGGUUUUCCGGUGUUGCUUAGUUCCCUGAACAAGCGGUCUUUGAGUAAUCCUUGAACAGAAGUAGUUACAAUAGAAAGCGAUUAGCCGAGCUGUUUUAAUAAUUAAAGAUCGUUUGAUAUGUUUGAUGUCAGUUUAAUCG